GAAGGAGCUUGGCCGGCAGCCUCUCUCCUGCCUUUGUUUUGACUUUCUCCGAGUAUCGAAACGGCGAGUUUUCCAGAUUAGAUUAACCGUUUUCGCCCUUCCGUCUAGUUUUAUCCGUUUGAUAAAACGUCAUUUUCCCUGGAAAUAUCUCUUCAGUCCCGUGUAAGCCAUCAUCCUGUUCCCUGUGUAGGGUGUACGUUCGCUUACUUCAGAAAUGCUACCUCUUGUUUCUCUACAGUCUUCCAACUUGCAUUUCGGCACCGAUACGCUCAUCUCCUUCUUCUUUCCGGAUCGUCUUCUCCCAAAAAGGUUUAAUCAACAAAGAUGCAGUUUUAGAAGUAGUGGCCAGUACACACUUAAGUGCAGACUUACCAGGGAAAAAGAAUCUCCUUCCCUGAGGACCAAGGAAUCUCCCUCCCCGGGUCCUUCUUCAUUGAUAAGGGAACCUCACAAAUACUUCGAUCAGGUACUUAUUACCGUUCGUUCUGGAGAUGGAGGCCAUGGUGCAAUUCUUAGCAUGCCUAACCAGAGAGCUCCUUCAAAGCCACAAGGAAAACAUGAUAAGGAUAAGAUGAGGAAGAAAAGUUCGUAUAAGAGGGAUUUUGAUGGUUCACUUAUCCUUCCUAUGGGUGGACAUGGAGGGGGUGUGAUAAUUUAUGCAGAUGAGGGAGAAGAUUCAUUACUGGAGUUUCACAAGAAGAGCCGGCACAAUGCAAAGCGUGGGGGAAAUGUUGAUGCCAUGGGUGUUUUAACAUCCCAAUUGCAUGAUGGACUUGCUGCACCGACACUGCGUAUUCCUGUGCCUGUAGGCACAGUUGUAAAGCGUAAGCGAGGGAAGCUUCUGGCAGAUCUAGCACAACCAGGCGAUGAAAUUCUCGUGGCAAGGGGUGGGCAAGGAGGGAUUAGCUUGAUAGAAAUGCCAGAGCAUAAAAGGAAAAAAUUGAUGGCUUUAACCACAAAUGUGAUGAGAGAUGACAAUGAUAAGGUUUUAGUCCUUGGUCAGCCUGGGGAGGAGGUUAGUUUGGAGUUGAUACUACGGGUAGUGGCUGAUGUUGGUCUUGUUGGACUUCCAAAUGCUGGAAAAUCUACCCUAUUGGCUGCUAUUACACUUGCAAAACCUGAUAUUGCUGAUUAUCCUUUCACCACAUUAAUGCCAAACCUUGGACGCCUUGAUGGUGACCCCAGUUUAGGGGCAGGGAAGUAUUCAUCAGAAGCAACAUUAGCAGAUCUACCUGGUCUUAUUGAAGGUGCUCAUCUAGGGAAGGGUUUAGGUCGCAAUUUCUUGAGACACUUGAGGAGGACACGGCUUUUGGUCCAUGUUGUUGAUGCUGCUGCUGAGGACCCUGUGAAGGACUACAGAACUGUCAAAGAAGAACUGCGGAUGUACAAUCCUAAUUACCUUGAACGGCCAUACGUUGUGGUGUUAAAUAAAAUUGACAUUCCUAAGGCAAUGGAUAGACUUCCAUCUUUGACUCAAGAAAUAAUGAAAAUUGGAAGUGAGCAGAUACCUUCCUCGUCUCAAAACGGCACUGAAGAUGCAAUUCAGUCAUUGCCUUCUGACAGUGAAGGUGCAAAUGUUCUUUCUUUGGAUUUUCCUGAUAAAGAUAGGAAGGAUAAAGAAAUUGAGGACUACCCAUGGCCCCUUGCUGUUGUUGGUGUCAGUGUUUUGAAAGGCAUAAGGGUAAAUGAGAUGUUGAAGGAGAUAAGGGCAGCUUUAAGGAAGUGCCAAGAUGCCAAUGGAUAAUUGAAACCAAGCAUGAGACCAUGAUGGUCUGGAAGCUGUGAAUUAUCUUGACACUGAACUGACCUGAUCAAGUCACCAGCUUUUGAAUGUGGUGCUAACAAAAAUUUGGGCUCAAAUGCAUAAACCCCUGAAACUUUGUCCGCGCCUUGCCAUUUAAAGCUACAGUAUGCAUCCGAAGUGCAACAUCUUGGGCACGAUUUUAAUCCUAUGCUGAAAAUUGUAUACAAUACUCAGUUGCUUAACCUGUCCUCCCCAUGGCUCCCCACAUUUUUAAUGUUUCUCACACCUUGGAAUCCUCAGUAAAGGAUCCUUAGGCUUCUCACAUGGUCUUGCAUCUUACACUUUCUUAGUUUUGUUCCAGUUAUAUUUCUUAUGUGAAAUGGCUAUGCAAGCAAUUUGUGUUUAACAAGUAGCAUGUAUAACUGCGACUGCAUACGGGCAUUUAUAGGUGGUUGUGAGUGAAUUACUGGAGGCCAAAAUAAUAGAGAUUCUUGAUUUUAAGCAUUUUA